CAAUCCUAACUGCAUGAGCGGAAACAAUAUCAAGUUGUGUUGUGAAAGCAGUGUACAGUAAGUAGGAAUCUGCUACGCCCAGGGAAGGUCAGUACUUAAUCAUCAUUUGGCGGAACAAAUGUCCAUUAAAUUUCCCCUAAACGUGAGUCAACACGGAAGAAAGGUAAUAUAGAUGUGCGGCGAGUAUCUUUUUCAAUUCCACAGGACACUGCCCUGUAACGAUGACUGAUCCGAAGUACUCCAGCGAAAAUCCGAUUGGAAAUUUAGACGACGAGGAAUGUGACGAAAUUUGUGCUUUCUGUAUAAUCGCAAGCGGAGCCUGUCCAUACACUGACAUACUGUUUGAUGAUGGAGACAUUGUUUGUUUCCAGGACAUUAAUCCAGGAGCAACUCAUCACUAUCUGGUUAUUCCAAAAAAACAUAUCCACAGUUGCAAGUCACUUGAAGCAGACGAUAUCAGUCUUGUGAAGAAGAUGGCAGAAAUAGGAAGACAAGUAUUAAAAGACAAGAAUGUCACAAAUUUUGAGGACAUCAGCCUAGGCUUCCAUGUGCCGCCGUAUAUCACCGUCCCCCACCUGCACCUGCAUGUUCUUGCACCUUUUAGUCAACUUUCUAUAGGAGUAAGGUUCAAGUUUAGAGACUGCUGGUACCUCACAGUGGAGAAUUUGAUUCAGAUUCUGGAAAAGAAAAAGGCUCGUCUUAAUAUUAAAUUGAUUAAAUGCUUGCCUUCAAGUAUAUGAAAGCAUGUAAACACAACCCACUUUAGUGCAAUAUUCUUUAUAAUGUUCAUUUCCAUAGUUUGAUUUCAGCUUAAAAGGCAAGUUAAUGCAUUAUUGUUUGUUUGUUUGUGUCUGUUACCUAAUAGUAUGUUGACUGGGAAUGUGGUCUUCUGACAUGACCAUUUAAAAAAUAUUUAUAUGACUAUUUAUAAAUCUAUUUUAUAACUGAUGAUUAAGUGAUUUUGUAAAAUUAGCUUGGAACUGAUAUGUUGAUGUCUUUGUAGUUGUUUGUGUUAUAUUAUACACUGGCAUUACAAUGAAUUCAUUUUUUAGCCUUUAUCUUUUAUAGGAGAUUGAAUUGGAGACAGGCAAGUUGGGAUUGAUUCUUUAAUCAGUACAUGUGUCACAAUAAUUGAACUCAUGACUUUUUGUUACUACAGAAAAAAAUCAUUGUAUCAUAUGUUAUGUUCUCGCUGUAUUUUUGUGAAUUAUUACCUGGAAUGAUUAAAAACUGACCAUAAACUUGA